UUUAUUUUAAUCCUUAUUUUUAUUAGUAGCUUACAUUAUUUAAAUUUUUUUGAAUUUUUUACUUGUAAUCUUGAUUUAUCACCAUUUUAACGUUUCUCAUCAAUUCUAAUCAGAGAACUAUUUAAAUAAUUAAUAAUCACUUUUUUUUCUUUUUUUUUAUUAUUAUGAUUAUUCAUAAGGAUUUCAAAAUUUUGAUUCAAAUUCGAGUUAAAAAGUGGUCUCUCUCAAAUAUUUUUUUCGAAAAAAAAUUACAGAAAAUUUUAAGCGCCAGCAGAUGUGACGUGAAUAAAAUAGUGGUAUAAAUUUGAAAAUUUUUAAUUUCAAAGCUUCGAAUUAUGAAUCUGAAGUUCACAGACAGUUAGGAAUUUUCGGAUUCAUUUUUUUUUUCAAUACGUCAGUUAAAAAAUAAAAACUAAAAAUAUGCACAUGUAGAAAAUUUAAAAAACCAUAUAUAAAAUAUGGAUGUGUGAAAAAUUAAAAAAUCUAUAGGUGCAAUUUUUUAAAAUAUUUUUUUUUUUAAUUUAUCAUUUUCAAAUAAAUCCAAAAAUUAUUGGACGUCAACUGACUUCAGUAUCAUAAAUUUUUUAGAAGUUUUUACUCAGUGAUAAAAAUUACGCGCAUGAUUAGGAUGAGGUUCAAAUUCGCGAAAUAUUUGAAUUUUUUUUGUAUUGAUAAAUAAAUGCAUACAUAUGUUAAUAAAUGUAAUAAAAAAUGUGGCGUUUGGAAGCAAGUGAAGUGAAGUAAAGCAAAGUAAAGACAUGAAAAAGCCAAGACACUCUUUAAAGUCGUUUUACGCGGCGCGCAACCAAGCGCAACUCUACUCGGUGAGUUUAAAGACAGCUCACAACCGCCUCAUGAUGUCUUGCGUGGCCAUGCGUCGUUCACUACGUUUCUUACCACCAUCGUGGUAUCACCAACUCUACCCGUCUCUAUCUUCAUCAUUAUUAUUAUCACUAUUUUUCCAUUACCAUCAUUACCAAUUACCGCUAUCACUACCACCAUUAUCAUCAUCAUUCCAACCCUCAACGCCAUUUUACCCCUUCUUCUCUGAAAGUUAUUUUUAAAUAAAUUUAUUUAUUUAUCAAAUUUUUUUUUUCAACCAAUUUUAUUUUUACAAAUUUUUUUUUUUUUUUUUUUAAUUAUAUAUUAGUAUAAAAAUGUAUAUAAAGUGGAAAGUGUGAAAGUGAUUACGUGUUAUAGUGAUUUAUUUAUUUUUUUUUUUUUUUAAAUCAAAAUUUUAAUUUUUUGGAAGUAAAAGUGGAAAAAAAAAUUCAAGUGACAAAUAAAUAAAAAUAAAAAUUAAAAAAAAAAAUAAGUGAAGAAAAUUUAACAUGAUAAUUUGAAAAAAAAAAAAAAAAUCUUUGCCGGAGGGUUAUAAUAGUAUAAGAAAAACUUGUAUAUAUUUGCACGUAAGGGCGAGAAGAUAUAAGAAAGUGUAAGGAAAGGAAUAAAAAAAAAUGUAAAAUAAAAUAUAGAGAAGAUAUGAGAACUGGCAGUAGUUAUGCGCUCAAAUUAUGCGUCUUGGUUGUUGUUAAGGAUGCACGAUUAUCAUACAACAACAAGAUCAACCAACAAUCAGAAGCACAAAUAUCUGUAUCAACAUGGCCAUAAGAAUUCAGAUAAUUAUAUCAAGAUUACGGGAAAUACCGUCGAAUUUACAUGAUUGAUAGACCAAGGCAAAUUAAAUUGAAAUUUUAAAGAAACGUGAGAACCAUGGACAAAAUAUAUAAAUUUAAAUUAGACGAAGCCUGUCACAGAUGGAAAAUUUUAAAUCCCAAGAAGUGGACGUGGAGUCAAUUAAAUUGCCCCUAAGUAAAUUAAUAAUUAAUAAUAAUAGUAAUAAUAUUAAUAAUAAUGAUUAUAAUAAAAAGUGGUUAAUUGUAUUAAUUGUAAUUUAUAUUUUUUUAAUUUAUUGUCAUUGUGUAAUUGACAAUAAUUGUGAUACUUACAAUUACAUUUAUAACAAUUUAAUAGUGACAUUACGGUUUCAUUGAGUGUAAUGACAUUAAGUCAUUUAUGUAUUUAGGAAGUGAUGAGUGACGCAAAUAACUCUACAAUUUUUUUUUAUUUCUGAUUUAAAAUUUAUUUUUUUUUUUCAUUUUUCUCUUUUUGUUUUGUUGGUUUUAAAUAAACGGCGCGAGUAAAAAUUAAACGACAAGGAGAAGUUGUACAACGGCCUUAUUGCUGGCCUGGCCAGCUACUAUGCGAAUUGCAGAUCUUCGAAUUCUCAUUGCGGUGGUUUGGCUGACCGCACUCCUGUCACAGCGGUUUGUUGACGCCAGCAACGAAACACGUGAUAAUUUAACGCGCAGUAUCCGCGAUACAUCUUUCCACGGAACUUCUUUAUGGUCACAAGAAGAUCAAAUAAAUAAACGUCCAUUAGGAUUAACAUACCGCGAAAUGCAAAACGUAUUGCGACACGAAGGCGGCGAAGAAGGUUUGCCCGUCGACUGUUGUCCGACAGUUAAAGAAAUAAUUGAACCUAUUGGAGGAAGAAAUCGGGAUGAAAUGUACGUCGAGUUGUACAGAAAUGAUGAUCAAGUCCAGAGGUUUUACGAAUACUCGUGCCGACAGGACGUCCUGGACAAACCCUGUCGAUUUAUCGACCGAAAGUUGAUGAAUCAGUCAAGAUGUGUACAAAAGUAUUCAUACUCUUAUGCUAUGGUUAGAGAUCCGUCUGCCGAAAUUACAACUAUGGAAAAUGGAAAUACGGAACAUCAUCAUAGGCAUCGGCACAAAGAUCAUCAUUUUCCAACAUUUGGUUACGGCUCACCCUGGACACUAGAUCACAUUCGCGUGAGAAGCGGAUGUAGCUGUGAGAUUUCACCUAAGCCCAAAAAAAAACGACCCUCAAGUCUAAAAACUAAAAAAAUAAAACAUAGGCCGUCUAAAAAAAAAGAUGAUUUUACAAUAAAUUCAGAUACGUAAUUAAUUAAUUAAUCAACCAAACGCCUUAGAUUAUUUAUUAAUUUUUGUUACCAAUUAUUUAAUCACUUUUAAUUAAUUAAUUAUAAAAAUAAUAUUAAAUAAUUAAUUUUAAAUUGCAAGUCGAAAUCAUUCUAAUCAUUAAUUUUUUUUUUUUUUAUUAAAAAUAAAUUUAUUUAUUAAUUUUUAAUGUUACCUACAAUUAUUUUUUAACGCGGCCAGUUCUUAACAAUUUAUAAUUAAAAUAGUAAUGGCUAACUAAUUAUUUUAUUUAAUUAAUUAUAGAAAAAUUGAAAGUAAGAAAAUUUUUUAUUUUGACUGAUUAGAGAUUUUUAUUUAUUAAUAAAAAUAAAAAUAAUCAAAAACCUGAAUAUAAUCAUGACAAUGACUAGAAUUAGUGAUUAAAAAAAAAUUCGGUGAUAAGAGCGCGUUUAGUUCCGCGAACCGAAGGCUAGUCGAGCAAACGCCGACUCAUAAUCCGUUUUUGAGGUUAACUCUCAUAGCUAUCGAAAAAAUUAAUUAGUAAAUUAUGUUUCUUUUAGUAUUCUAUUAUUUAAUAGAGUGAAUUGAGUCGACUAGAGUAAAAUGGAAUAAAGAAUUGAGGGAAUAAUUUUUUUGGUGAAUUCCAGUGGGAAAAAAAAAAUUUUGCUUGUCCAUUUUACCCCAGUAUACUUAAUUUUUAAUACCGUCCUGCUUAAAAAAAAAAAUUAUACACGCACUAAUUAUUAUUAAUAUCUUUUUAUAUAUUUUUAAUUUUUUUAUUUACUGCCAUGUAAAAAACAUUGUAAAUAAUUAAUUUAAUUAUGAAAAUAAAUAUAUAGUAUAAAUAUAAAUUUUUUUGCUGCAAUCUUAACUGUGUAACUUUUUCUACAAUUUUCACACUUUGAUGAUGUUUGUUUAUGGUGUGCCGUCAACUGAUUCUAUUAAUUUUAUACCACGAUUAGUGAUCCUAAUAAAUUGAUCUUAUAUUCGACAUUCGGUUGAAAUUUUUUUUGCAUUAAAUGAAAAACUACAAUCUGUCUAAUGACAAUAGAUAAUUGCAAUGAUAGAGUUCAACGUGUAGAUUAGAGCUUUACCCAUUUGCAAAAUACACUAGUGCAGAUGAAAUAGUAAAAGCGCUGUGAAGUCCUGGGUUCAAAUACGCUGAAGGCGUGUGGGUUCACUUCUGGGCUCUAGGAGGUCUUUCACUAGGGAAUUCGGAUGUUUGUCAAGUGUGGCUUGGUAUUUUUCGCUGUAACGCGAGAUUUCUUCUUAACUGUGGCAACAAAUAGGUCUUUGUGGAGUGUUUUGUUGGAUACGAACCACAGUGCGUUGAUGAUGGCUCUGAGAGUCUUGGAUUUUCUAUUCCAUACCUCAUUAUUGCUUUUCUUUCUCAUCUCUUCUACAAUUGUUUGCAAUCGCGAAGCGUGUUAGUGCGUAAGUGCCGACAGGUGGCAGUCUGGUGGCUUUGUAGAACGAACCUCAAAUAAAAUGGCAGUGCAUUAUAUCAACUUGUGAAAAAUAAUUAAUUUGCUCACGGUAGGAAUCAAACCUAAGUCUGGU